GUGCUAUCCGGGUAUUUUCCAAAGUUGUUUAGGUUACCAACAUGUCGUCGGUUGAUGACUCGGACAUUCCAGAAACUGGGGCCGUGUUCACAUUUGGAAAAAGCAGCUUUGCUGAAAAUUUACCUAAUAAGUUUUGGGUUAAGAAUGACCGUGUCCUACAGAUAAGUUGUGGAGAUGAACAUACAGCCUUGGUUGCUGAGAGUGGCCGAGUUUUUAUGUUUGGACCGAAUAACUGGGGUCAGCUUGGUCUUGAUCAGAUUAAAACUGCAAACAAACCUUACUGCAUAAAAAGUUUGAAACGUGAGAAGGUGCUGCUUAUUGCAUGUGGACGAUCACACACAUUUGUUGCUACAGAAUCAGGACUGUUGUAUUCAUUUGGAUCUAAUAGCGAAGGACAGUUGGGAAUCCCAGAUAUCCAGGAAUCGAAUGUUCCGAAAUGUAUAGACAGUAUAGAUGCCACACCUUUCAAGAUGCUGGGAGCUGGGGCCGAACACAGCGUGGCUCUUACAGAGGAUGGCCGUGUGUUUGUUUGGGGGAGUAACAAUGAGGGGCAGCUAGGACUGGAAGAUGAUGAGGGUUACCCCACCCCUAAGGAGCUAGAUUUUGAUGAAAACAUUAUAUGUAUUGCUUGCGGUUAUUAUCACACAGCAAUAGUUACAGAAAGUGGUCAUCUGUAUACAUUUGGAGAAAAUGAUUGUGGAAAGCUUGGUCUUGGACACAAAACUAGUGUAUCAACACCGGAACAUGUGUCUUCCAUAUCAGACAAGGUGAAGGCCGUGUCGUGUGGUGGAUCCCACACAGCCGCUCUCACAGAAAAUGGUACAGUUUAUACAUUUGGUGAAGGAAACAAUGGCCAGCUGGGUCUGGGAACCAUGACGAUGGAGACAUUGACCCCACAGUUGGUCAAGAUGGGUCCUACAGUAUCACACAUUUUCUGUGGUGAAAACUUUACAGCCUUCAUUACAGAGCGAGGUCAGUUGUAUACUUGUGGUGAUGGUCGUCAUGGCAAACUAGCUCAAGGUAUUGAAAGCUUUACAAAUCUCUACAAACCCACUUGCUGUGACAGUUUACUCAAGUUUUAUGUUAAUCGCGUUGCAUGUGGUGGAUGUCACAUGAUUGUCACGGCAUACCCGCGGCGGGAGAACGGUCACAUCGGAGACGGGGAGGAAUUUGCUGAGGAAGAAAACUCCCAGCUGGAACACACACUGAAAUCUGACAACAGUUUGGAACUAAGUGUGUCAGCACGGGUCAGGAGGCGUAACACAUUUAAUAAAAAUACUACAACAUUAAACAGAACACUUCCAUCUCUUGGCCAUAAUAGACCGCUGCCAUUAGAGAAUACAACAUUGCCACUACAUAAUUCACAAAAGGGGUUAAAUGAAGUUGAAAAUCAUCUUAGCAAAACAAUGGUGCCUAGCAUAGAUCUACAAAAAUCUUCUGCCACAAAAGCUAAACACAAAGACCAUGAUGAUUCCAACGAAGAUGAAUUGGAGAGUGACGAGGAUGAACACAAAACGAAGCCUAAAGUCCUGCCGAGAGUGAAGCCUGUACCAAGGGACGUUGACUCGGCCGGCGACAACACUGACCGGUCAGAAGAAGAGUCCACCGAGGAGGACGAGGAGUCUCAAGUGAGACAUACGCCAGUUCCUAAACCUGCUCCUAGAAGGGAGAAAAAGAAAGAGAGAAGAACAGAGAGUGAAGAAUCAUUGAAACAUGAUGAAGAAGAAGCAGAUGGUGAUAAGAAGGACAUGAAGAAAGAUAAGAGAAAAAGUCCAAAGAAAACAAAGAUGAACAUAUUUGGAAAGAAGAAGGUAUUGGAUGAUAAGACUGAUGAAGAAGAGGCAGAUGAUGAGGAUGAUUUGAGUGAGGAUGAAGAGAGACAGAAGGAAGAGCUGAAGAAGAAGGAAAUGGAGAAGGAGAAACGAAAGAAGAAGAAAGGGAGUAAGGAGAUGGAAACUAAAGAUGAUGAAGAAACCGAGAACGACAAGAAGAAAGGUCAGAUCCAAUCUUAGACUCUUAAAGUUUGCCGCCUGAUGCUCAAUCGAUCUAGUAUCGAUCCUCGUCAGUGGGCCCAUUGGGCUAUUUCUCGUUCCAGCCAGUGCUCCACAACUGGUGUAACAAAGGCCGUGGUAUGUACUAUCCAGUAUGUGGGAUGGUGCAUAUAAAAGAUCCCU